GUUCCCAUAACACCGCAACACUUACAUCCCUCUAUUGCGCAUGCUUGGAAUUGACCUCACCCACGCAUUUCGGCAUGGUGUUUUUGGGACGCAUUUUGAGAUCAGCGAGAGCCACUCCGGGCCGACAAUGGAUAGGGAAACACAGAAAAGCGAAGAAGGUAUCAGGACAUUCUAUAGGCAACGCACAGAAAUGGAAGACGCUACAAGCGAGGAACGAACUCGUCUUGGCGAGACCGUUUCUCAGUCAGUGUGAAGAAAACGGCUCUGCUGUAGAAAAGAAAGCGAAGCUUCGUGAAGAACAACGGACAUCAAGACUGCUUGCACGAGCUACAACGAAGUCUACGUCGUCGGAAAUGAUAGAACGUCUAAAACGGACUUUGUAGAGACAGAAACGUUUGUAUGACUUGCAGCACGUGUACAGACUGUUUGCUGUUCAUAAAUAGCGUCUGGCAUCCGGUUGUAAAUAACGCAGCUUACGUGAGUUUCCAAGAAUUCCAAGA